GACUAAAUUACGAAAAGAUCCUAAACAUCACCGCAGACAAUUGGCAUUGGACCAGGAAUAUUUUGAUACACAUUCGCAUUCAAUUUUUGAAGGACCGAAACGUUCCUCACUCAGCACUCGGACUCCGAGUCGAAUGACCUGAAAACCAUGGCUUAUCAACACCUUGACUUAGUAAUGUUGUUCGCAUUAUAUAUAGACAGAGAUUUGGCACGCCAUGCCGAUAUUCCAUCUUCUCUGUCCACUCUCAACUAUCUGCCAUGUCCACGACGAUAGCAAACAAACCUUUCCCUGGUAUCUCGUACUUUACACCUGCUCAAGUUCCUGCUGCAGGGGCUGCAUUCGACCCUCAACCAGACGGGAAGCCCAUCCCGAAGUUAUUUCAGCCUCUUAAGAUUCGCGGGACCACGUUUCACAACCGUAUAUUCCUAUCACCCUUGUGCCAGUACUCAGCAGACGAUGGGCACUUGACGGCCUGGCAUCUAGCCCAUCUGGGUGGGAUAUUCACGCGUGGACCGGGUCUAACAAUCAUAGAAGCAACUGCCGUCCUGCCCGAAGGUCGCAUCACUCCUGAGGAUUCCGGCCUCUGGAAAGACAGCCAGAUUGAACCUCUUCGGAAGAUUGUCGAAUUUGCGCACUCGCAGAACCAGAAAGUGGGCAUCCAAUUGGCUCACGCUGGCCGAAAAGCUACGACAGUCGCUCCAUGGCUCCACCCUCGACUUGUUGCAACUGAGAUUGUAGGAGGGUGGCCGAACGACGUAUAUGGUCCUUCGGCGGUACCUUUUGACGAUGACUGCCCCACCCCGAAGGAGCUCACUAAGGAGGGAAUCGAUGCCGUCGUUGUCGCUUUCGUUGCUGCAGCGAAAAGGGCACUACGAGCAGGUGUUGACGUUAUUGAGAUCCAUAAUGCACAUGGAUAUCUACUGUCCAGUUUCUUGAGUCCGGCAUCCAACAAACGAACAGAUGAGUAUGGAGGCUCGUUCGAAAAUCGCAUUCGACUGACUCUUCGAGUUGUCGAUGCUGUCCGUGCGGUCAUCCCUGAAGAUAUGCCGCUCUUCUUGAGGGUAUCAGCAACUGACUGGCUUGAGGAAGCACUUCCCGAUGAGCCAUCAUGGCGCGUAGAAGAUACGGUUAAACUUGCAGGAAUUUUGGCCGACCAUGGCGUAGACUUUCUAGAUGUAUCCAGCGGUGGAAAUCACACGAAGCAGGCGUUUAAGGGUGUUGGAGCGUUUCAAGCACCAUUUGCGCAUGCAGUUAAACAGUCUGUGGGCGAUAAACUGAUUGUGGGGGCGGUUGGAUUCAUCACGGACGGUCAUAUUGCCCAGGACAUUUUGGAUAAAGGACAGGCAGACGCCGUCCUUGUAGGACGACAGUUCCAGAAGAACCCAGCUAGUGUUUGGGCAUUCGCAAGCGAUCUCGAAGUAAGUAUCAAAAUCGCUCAUCAGAUAGAGUGGGGUUUUGCAGGAAGGGGAGGAGGGCAACGCAAGAGACUUGAGUGGUAGAUUCCUGUGUAUGUUUUCUGUGGGCUUAUAAUUGAUACCAACGUAGGAACAGAAUCAAAUUCAAAUUGUAGAAUAAUGUUUGGCAGUUUUCUUUGUGUCUGGUCGAUGUAGGAUUGGUGCGCUUUCUCUAAAAUCAUUUUCGUGUGUCC